AGUUGCAUGCCCGCCGUUGGUGCCGUCGACCUGUGAGAUGCCCGUCCAAGUGCGUUACAGGCACUGGCGGCAUCUUUCUCCAACUCUGAGCCCUUGCAGAUUGGGGGAAUGCUUAUGGGCCAUACGCCUAGGGGCACCAACCAUCCCCAUGUCACGCCGAUAGCGGACUUGGAGGUCGCCUCCCAUGGAUCUCCUGACAACUGCUUGGAUGAUCAUCGAAUUGCCGAUCCAGAUCCAAAAGCCGAACGACGCUGUUGCAAUUUGGAGCAUAGAUGUCAUCGUGAUCUGAAAAGGACAGACUAGUCGAAGAGCCAUCAAGUCGUCUGGCCGCUCGUUCCUGGCCGAUAUCAGUGUGAGUCAGCAUCUUACCUGCGCAAAAGAAAUAGAACCAUAAUGGUUCUUCCAAGCCGCUGUGACGUUCUCGUCGCCGGGAGCGGCAAUGCUGGCUUCUCAGCUGCCGUGGCGGCCAAGCAGGCUGGGGCAAAGCAUGUUCUUCUCAUCGACAAGUGCCCUGAAGAAUGGGCGGGAGGAAACUCGUAUUUCACGGCCGGUGCGUAUCGGACAGUCCAUGCCGGCACUUCGGAUCUGCUGCCCUUGGUCAACAACGUGGACGAGGAGACGGCGAAGAAGAUCGACCUGGAGCCGUACACGGUCGACGGCUUUGCAAACGACAUGAAAAGGAUAUGCAGUGGCCGGUCUGAUCCACAACUAGCGAAGAUCCUCAUCGGGGAUUCCAAUGCAACGAUCAAAUGGCUGAAGAGCAACGGCAUUCGGUUCCAGCUGUCGUUCAACAGGCAAGCGUACGAAGUCGACGGCCGCCUGAAGUUCUGGGGCGGGCUGUCGUUGAAGACGCAGGAUGGAGGAAAGGGCCUGAUCGAAGACCACCAGGCCGCGGCUCGAAAGCACGGCGUCCAAGUGCUCUACUCUACAGCGUUGAAGCGCCUGAUAACGGACCCCAAGACUGGCGCCGUCACCUCAGUAGCCGUGCAGGCCAACGGCCAGGAUGCCGUUAUCCAGACAGGCGCUGUUAUUCUGGCAGCCGGAGGGUUUGAAAGCAAUCCUCGCCUGCGAUCACAAUAUCUGGGUCCCGGUUGGGACCUGGCGAAGGUGAGAGGAACCCCUCAUAACACCGGCGACUGCCUCGAGACGGCAAUUCGCGACGUCUCGGCGAGUCAGGCUGGGAACUGGUCAGGAUGUCAUUCCGUGGCCUGGGACGCCAACGCCCCGAGUGACACGGGAGACCGGGAAGCGUCCAACGAGUUCACAAAGUCUGGGUACCCGCUGGGCCUGAUGUUCAAUGUCCUCGGCGAGCGGUUCGUCGACGAAGGCGUCGACCUGCGCAACUACACGUACGCCAAGUUCGGACGGGCGAUUCUCGCGCAGCCAGGCCACGUCGCCUUCCAGAUCUGGGACUCGCGCACCAUUCCGUGGCUGCGAUCCGAGGAAUACCGACCGGAAAGAGUCGAGAGGAUCACGGCGGACUCGAUCGAGGAGCUGGCCGCCAAGCUGGCGCCGCUGGGCCUGGAGAACCGCGACGCCUUUGUGCGGAACAUGACGGAAUACAACGAGGCCGUCUACGCUUUCCAGAAGGAGAACCUGGGCAAGAAGUGGGAUCCCGCCGUGCGGGACGGCGUGUCGACGCAGUCCAGCACGAAGCGGCUGGCCCUGGGCAAGACCAACUGGGCUCUCCCGGUCGACCAGGCGCCCUUCCUGGCCGUUGCCGUGACGUGUGGCAUCACCUUCACGUUCGGCGGCUUGAAAGUCGUUCCCGAGACCGCUCAGGUGGUCAGCUCGAUCACGGGUAAGGGAGUCCCCGGGCUGUACGCCGUCGGGGAGAUGCUGGGGGGACUGUUCUACGAGAACUACCCGGGCGGCAGUGGGUUGACGUCCGGUGCGGUCUUUGGGCGCCGAGCAGGCACCGCGGCUGCAAAGGCGGUAGGCAGUAGCUGAGGAACACAUAGCAAAGUGCCGAGGGAACGGACACGCCUUCACGGUACAGGCCUUUGGGAGGUACGAGCUGUAAAUAAUGAUGCCACAGGCCAAUAUGCGGCGAACAAGUGCUCGAUUUUGGGCCUUGCAAGAUGAGAGUGUCAAAGAGAGGAGAGAGCGACCAUCAGAAUAAGAGAGAGGAUAGAGAUGGAGAAGGGGAAAGGGUAUAAGUGAGUGACAAUGUGUGACACUGCUCAGACAAGAACCCCCAAGGCCAUCCACAUGGGUUGGGUAGCUGGUACCUAGGAGGAAUCUCGCACCUGUGUAUAUACUUC